GCAGCAAGGCUCCGCCCCUCCGAAGUUCCCCUAGCAACACUGUCCUCCUCUACGGCAGUUCAGGCGCCCGCGGGAUUGGCACUUCAAAGGCCAGGGCGUGUCAUGGGCGAUCGCCGAUUGGUUCUCGGUACUGGUCCCGCCCCCAUUCUCGCACGUGGAAACAUCUUCGCCGUGGGCGCCGGCUGGUCCGUUCCAGUGUCAAACGCAUCCCUGUGGUUCGCGACAGGUGUGCGCCACAGGGGUCAAACCUGGUUUCCGGCACAAGGACCGUUCCAAAUUCUGUAGUGGCCAUAACCGUCGUCCACUGGGAAGGUGGAGGUUGGGCCACCGCGGGCGGGUUUUCCGCUCCGUGGGGAGGCUGGUUUGGCCGAUUCGGGACCUGAACAGGAGUAGGAGGUUUACCAGUCUUAGGUGACUAAGCAGUUUCACAAAUAAACCCUUCAGCAAGUUUAAAAUUAAUUAGGCUCAACUCACUGGAAGUGGACCAUCUGCUGAUACACAGAAAUGAUGUCUAAUUGUUCCAGUGAGAUGGAUGUGAUCAAAACAGGAAUACCAACUUAUGAAGAGGAAGAUGAUGACGAUAACACUGUUCUUUACGCAUAUGAGCCAAACACUACAUUUUUCAAUAACGAAAAUGUCCUAUCGGACACAUCCUACAAUGAUGAGGAGCAGAAAACCGUUUUGGAUAUCCUUACCCAUUGUCAGGUUAUAUUUGAUGCUAUCCAAAACCUGGAUAAAAAAUUUGAUGUCAUUGAUGGAAAGUUGGCAAAAAUCCAACGUCUGCGUACAAAAUCCUUUUGGAACUAUCGCAAGCCACUUGGAUUUGCAUGCAAAAAUUAUAAUCACCUGCUUUCUAAAAAAGUUAAAGUCCAAAAAGCAAAAAAGAAGGAACGUCUCAAUUCAUUCUCCUAUCCUGAAAGUUACAGCCCGACUUUACCAGUUCGCAGACCAGAAAAUGAUGACAGCAACAUUGUGAUCUCAUCUUUUCAAUCUGAGGAAUCCCAGGAGAUGGAGUCCCUGAUCAGGGAUCAGGAGUCAUCCCUCAGAGAUAGCCCACCGAUCCCACCACUCUUCUCUGGGCGUUCAUUCCAGACCUACCUCAGAAAUGAUGACAACACACAUGGUCCUUCUAUAGUGUCCUGCUUUGCCAGCCCUGGGGCUCGCAGCACCAGCAGCAUCUCUUCUGCUGGAGUUUCCAUAACAGUAUCCUCAAAUGGAGCCUCCAUGCCAGUAACUACAAAUGCACUGGCCCGAGGAGAGUCCAACGCUGAUAUGAAGAAUUACCCAGGCUUGCUGGAGAAUACACAUGCUCUGUCAUCUCACCACAUGUCAUCUGGUUUUGCUACAAGUUCACCAGUUCAAUCUGAACCCAUUGUGAUUAACCAAGACUACCCGGAGGAUCCUUUAACCUGGUCUGUGGAUGAUGUGAUCCUGUUUCUGAACCAUACAGAUCCUCAGAUGUCAGGCCCCCUCUCUGGCCUCAUUGAGCAACAUGAAAUUGAUGGGAAGGCCUUGCUGUUGCUGACCAGUGACACCAUGAUCAAGUACAUGGGGUUGAAGCUUGGAACCGUCUUGAAACUGUGCCACUACAUCGAAAAGCUUAAAGAAGAAAAAGGCCUCAACAAUUGAGUGUUUGCAGAAGUUUAGAUUAGGUUUACCAGUACCUUCUUAAAGUCAUUAUUCUGUCCUUAGUAGUUUCUGUUUUGUAGAAGGUUCCUCUAAAAAAUGUUAUAUCCACAAUUGUAAAAUGAUAAGUCAAUGAUAAGUCAAGUUUACUUAUUUAAAAACCAUUUAACAUUUUAGUAUUAGCACAUUCAAAUUGAAAGUUCAUUCUUUAUGCCUUUUUGUUAUUUUUCAUCAUAUAGUUUACAAAUACACUUCAUGUAGGAAAUGGCAAAAAACCCUUUGAUUUAUGUGCAUCUUUAUAUUUAGAGCCACAACAGCUUAAGAGGAAAUACAACCUCUGGAAUUAAAUCCAUAUGGGGGAAUUUUUCCUUAAAAGAGAAUUUUUCCUUAAAAGAGAAUCUAUAGGCAUCUUCUCUUUCUCAAUUAUUUUGUCUGAUAUGUUUUACCAGUUUCCAGAAAAGAAAUAGCUAUAUAAAGUAUUUUACUCUCUGUUUUUAUCUUUACAUAUUGCACUUGUUAGAUUUAGAGGGGGAAAAAUGAGUUUAUAGACUUCUUGAAAUAUUUGUACCAGUUUUGGGAUAAGUUAUAGGAUUGAUAGAAUGGUCAUUUUAUGCAAGAGAUAUUUACUGCUGGAGUAGUGUAGGUGGAGUCACUAUUUUAUUUGUUGAAAUACCUGUUAUUUUAAAGCUUACACGUUUUGGCUAAGGUUAGACAUAUAAAUAGGAAUUAAUUAUCCACAUCUCUCUAUGAAGAUACCUAUAUCCAAGUGAUUAAAAGAAUCUUAUUUUUGUGACAUGUGUUUAUUCCUCAUAUGAGUGCUAUUUCAUACUUUUCUUUUAUUCUGUAUGUGAAGUAUAUACACAAGUAAAUCUUUUUAAAUUUAAAAUGGCAUUUUGUACUGUUUCAGAAGAAAUAAUGAUCCAGUAUUAAUGAGAUGUUUUUAUUCUGUUAUAUAUGCCAUAUUUGCUAUCACUAGUACCUCUCAGCUUAUUCUUCAGGGAAUCACAUUCACAAUCAAAAAAUCAAUCCUCGGGUUGGUUCCCUUUUAUGGAAGUUCUCUGUCUUGUGUAGUAUUUCUAAUUAUUUUACCUGGUUCUGAGCCAUUUAUCCUGCUAAACUUUGAAUGAUAACAUUAGUUCCAACUUAUUGAUUUGGGCUUAAUUUUAUAAUUUUAAAACUUUUAAGAGAAAUAUGUUCAUCAUCAUUAUUCUCUUAUUGUUAAAUUGUUUAACUUUGGUAUAAUAUUUUUAAGCUGUGAGAAUUGGUGCUAAUAAUUGUAUUGGCCACUUGUUAUAAAUGUUAAUAUGCUGGGCAUGGUGGCACAUGCCUAUAGUCCAAGUUAUUUGGAGGCUGAGAGUGGAGGAUUACAACUUUGAGGACAAUCUCAGUCUCUUAGUGAGACCCUCUCUUAACAUAAAAACAUAAAAAGGGUUGGGGGCCACCCCUGAGUUCAACUUCCAAUGCUACAAAAAUAAAAAAGUAAUUGUUCACCAGGGGCAAGAAUAUACACUUUGUUUAGACAACCAGCUGUAUACACAAGUGUAACUAUUUAUUGGGCACAUAUAAUUUAAAGGAUGGCUUUAUCUGUGUUAUUCCAUAUGUGGUAUGAAGCAAAAUUGUAACUUAAACUUGGUCUUCUGUCAAAUUGUUUGUAUGAAGAUGCUGUGCCCAGGUGCUUUAACCUCAGGUGUUUGAAAAAUACUAUGUUUCACUGUUUUUAGAUCUUAAAAUAUAAUAAAGUUGAAUAACUGCAACAAUUAA